ACACACACACACAUUAAUAAACAAAACCUGUUUUAAUCCCUAAUGAAAAGCACCAAGCGGCCACAGAGUCUGCAAGCAAUUUCGGAUGCAAUUUUCAGUAUACUGCUAAAAAGUAAACUCCUCAGUCUUAAGGACUGUAUCACUUUUCAACACAGAUGUGAGACAUCUCCCGUGUGCCUUCAGGAUACUCAGGUUGCCUUCCCUUGCAGUGUUUGCUGUAUCCAUAGCAACAGAGCUCUUCUAUUUCCCCUCCACCGCCUUUACCAUUAUGGGAACAGGUGGAAGCACCUACAUGCUGUCGGUUUUAUUAGCUCACCGUGUUCUAACAGGACUUUCCCCGGUAAUGUGGGUUUGACACCAGGUAAGCAUGAACCAAACAGGGACAGUAAAGGAUAAAUGGGCCCAACCGGGCUGGAGGAUAGAGCAGAAAUAUUCAAACAAAGUGCUGUUAGGCAACUGGGCAGAAGAAAGACUUCAGUUCACGCGGGAGCCACAGACGGCAAACAGCACCAGUCGUGUGGACCACCGGCCCCACUGGGACUUCCAUCCAGACGUCUCUGAGAGGAGAGCUGCCCUGCUGAGAGCUGAGGGGCUUCCAUCCAAGCUGCUUUUUGGCCACGAUCGCUCACCCUCCUCUCAUUACUUGGUCACGCACUAUGCAGAGAGCUACCAGCGAAAGCGCACCAACAACCGACCCUGGCAUCCAGACAGCUUGACACGGCAGCUUGAGAGGUCCAAACGGCCAAUUUCUGCCCUUCCAACCAUCUCUGGCCCGCCGCAGUCCACAAAGAGUUUGCGUUUGGAAAAGCAGCAGUCGCUCCUCCCAGGACAGACUGUGUACACGUCGGCAUACCAGAGGCUCCCACUUAGCGCCUUCUGCCGAAGCCGCUUUGCACGGGCUCCGCGCACGCUCUCCAGCCACCUCCAUGACGCCAAUCACGGCAACAAGGACCUGAAUCUGAGGCGGCGCUCGCUACUACAAGCCCCAGAUCGUUGUUGGAGUCCACUUCCCCAAUCACAACAAUGUGGAUUAUGAAUUGCCUCCCAUGCUGCUUGGGUGAUUUCUCUGUAAUUUUGGUUGUAUGGUUCCUCUCUUGGGUAUUAGCUACAUGAAAGAGAACCCCCCCCCGACCCCCCUAGAGAAAUCCUUUUGAAAAAGUAAUUAAAAGAAUUCAGCAUGAUUCUGAUUAUGCCGCUGGGUGGACUGCUGUGAAUUUACUGUGUGUCGUGUGUUGAGUUGCAGAAAGUACAUAUAUGGAUACAUGUUUUGUUUUUGUCAACGCAGAGAAAGGAAAGCGCUAAAAACUACGUCCGCCCUUCCAGAGAAUAAUUACAUGCUAUUAUUCCUCUCCCCGCACACUGGAUAUGUGAAACGUAGACUGAGCCGUUGGUAUUACCCUCUGUAGGAAAUAUAAACCAAUAAAUCCAACAUGUGUCGAUGCCAUAA